AUGAUGACCUUGAACGCAACAUUGUAUCUACUUGGAUUUGCAGCAAUAAGUCAAGCGCUUGCUCUAGACUUGACAGCUUCUCCUGGACAAAUUUGGAGGCAACAACUGUUUGCGGCCACAGGCGGAAAUUCUCACCCCCGAUGGAUCCGAGGUCAUUGCAAUUGCAAACGAUGUUUCAUGGUGUACUCUGUGACGUACAAGGACGAGGACAGUGCUGGCAACGACUACACCGUUGUUGUCAAGCGUGAUAUGUAUGGAGAUCUCCUUUCUGUAUCUCCGAGCUUGGAGGGAGAGCAUUCGGGAAGUCCAGUCGUUUCAGAUGAUGGUAAUUAUGUCUUCUUGACCCACAACUCUCCCGACAAGACAACAGGUUACUUCUCCAUUCUUGAUGCGAAUCUCGAAAUUGUCGUUACAAGAUCCAACGCGGGAGCAUUUGCACCACCAGGAAUCUACCAUAGCCCAGAGGAGGGCUUUUACGAUCCUAUUCCAGGAGUUGCCGAUGGAUUUUUGAACACCAAUGAUUUGAUCAUGUGGUCGUUGACUCCACAAGUCCCCAAUGCCCCUGUACCUAGUGGUCGCAUUUUUGCCUUCCAAUUUGCAAGAGACUAUGAAAUUAGAGAUAUCGACACACUCAACUACUUCAAUACGGGAACGGAUCGUGCAUUCAGGACUAUCACACCCCCUGUCAUCACGAACAAAGGACGCAGUGUCUAUUGGAGUACUUCCCGAAGUGAGUUUUUUGGCUUCAUUGGAAACCCAGGGGUGGACCGAGCUCGAUUCAACCGCAACCCAAACCUUAGGAUACAAUUUGAGAUGAAUGCGCAAUGGAGCGGACAACCAAUUUUCUCCACUCCCGCUGUAUCCACGGAAGCAGAUGGCAGUGCUGUUGUUUUUGGUGGAAGUGCAUCAAAUGAAUUCUUUCGUUUCGCCCACUUCUUCAAUGGGACUGAUGGCGAGGCAUCGAGAAUUUUGAUUGCGAGAACUCCAGUCACAACUGCGACAUCUACUCUCAUUGUGACCUCACCUGUUAUUGAUCCACUUGCAAGGGCCGUCUACUAUGUUGAAAGCGAUGGUACAUUGCAUCAGGCCAAUUAUGAUACCAUAGAAGAUAUUUGGACCGAGACCAUUCCCGAUGGGGUCCAAGGUGAAAUGGCAAUGAACGCAGAUGGUUCGAUUCUCUAUGUCAUGAGUGUCGAGGGCAGAAUCAUUGCCCUUGGUGUCGCUGAAGAGGCGCCAUCCAUGAGCCCGACUACGGAACCCGUAAGUGUACCAUCUAUGAGCCCGACUGCGGAACCCUCAGGUAUACCAUCCAUGAGCCCGACUGCGGAACCCUCAAGUGUACCAUCCAUGAGCCCGACUGCGGAACCCUCAAGUGUACCAUCCAUGAGCCCGACUGCGGAACCCUCAGGUGUACCAUCCAUGAGCCCGAGUGCGGAACCCUCAGGUGUACCAUCAAUGAGCUCGACUGCGGAACCCUCAAGUGUACCACUUAUGAGGCCCGUUGCGGAACCUACAAGAGGUGGUGAUUCUAUUGAUGGGACAGGUGAUAGUGGUGCUUUCACAAAACCCAUGCAGCUCGCUGUCAUAUCUCUACUGUACACCUUCCUUCUGUAA